AUGAACCCACAUAAGAUUGGUCGAAUUCCACCGGGUCCUAAUGCGGCUGCUGUUGUAGUGAAGUCUGUUUCAGUCGUAACAGCACCUAUAUGGAGACCAACUACAACUUGUGCAUCGCUUAGUCAGGCUGUUGGAGUCAAAAUUGCAUGGCCAUCUGAGAAGCUCAUCUUGGACGAUGCUAUUGACUUAUCAAAAAAGAGUAACACCGACGGAUCAGAGGCUAUAGCUGCAUCUUUAGAGAAAGUUCAAAUAUUUGAUUACUGGAAAAUAGAUGAAGAGUUGAUUGAUGAGGGUCCUGAUGCAUUUUUAUGGAGACCAACGCCUGAAAUGAUAAAGAUGGGUGAUGCAGUACAUGGGACAAUUGCUUGGCCUCUAGAUAAGCUAAAACUUCCUCAACCACAAUCACCUGCUGAAUCAAACAGGAAAUCCAAUCAGAGUGGUAGUCAAAGCAUUGGUAGCAGCAACAAAGGUGGUAAACAGAAGUGCGCUCUCUUGGACUGUCAUGGCUUAGGACAAAGGAUUGCUUUAGGUCGGGUGUUCUCAAUUGAUCCAGCAGAGAAGGUGCAUUUUGUCCCUUUAGGUCGCAAUGCUACGAAGUUCUGGGAAGAGGUUUCCGAGUUCGAUGCGGCACGAGUGUGGAGGCCAAACUCUGAAAUCGAAUAUAUAGGUGAUGCAGUAGGAAGCACUGUGGCUUGGCCAAAUGAUAAGAUAGUUUAUAUCUAA